CAGCGACGCACAGUGGCGACGACUGCUGCCAGACUCUCUGCUGCUCACAGACACCCAACACAGCCUGAGCAGAGGAGACGAGGAGCAGAGGCUUCAGACACAGCAGGGUCCCCUAGCGAUGGACAGGACAAGGAUAUUGUCAAGACAAGUUACAAGACCAAAAUGCUGUGCUCCGUCUUCUGUGGUGACUUCAAGAGAUGAUGCUUUGAGAAGACAAAGUUUUCUUUUUUUUAAAAAGGGGUUGACCGUGAGAUUAAUGGACUGCACAGAGACCAAAGUUGAAAUGGCUGAAGAGGGGCUGCUGGGACGUCUCGUCAUCACCGAAGAGGGAGACGUGACUGAGAGUGUCAUCGACAGGGGGGCAGCAAGCAGUUCACUUGUCACCGUACAGAGCUGCGGCGGUGAGUCUGCUCUGAAAAAGGAAGAGGAACACACAAGAGAGGACAAGAAUGAAGAAGUUAUAGCAAGUAAAAUGUGUUUAGAAGAGCAGAGCCCGGAAAGACAACAAACCAACGCAGAGGACAAGCAGACAGGGGAGGUUUUUAUGACUGAAGAGGACAAACCUGAGAACGUGAAUGAUGGACAAAACAGAGGUGAAGGGCAGAUGAUGAGGAUUAAGGAAAAACCUGAGAAACCCAGUGACACUGAGGUCACACAAAAUGACCCUCAAGUGGACUUUAAGAGGUUAAAUUCCUCUGAGGGAACAAACAACGAAGAAGAGGAUCCAAAAAAGGCUCGCCGGUUAACCCCUGACUUCCCGGAGGCAUUGUACGAGCUGCUCUGCACCCUUCAGGAGGGGAGACGCCUCAAUGACCAGCGCUGCUCCUUCAGGAUGGAGAGUGGGAUGAGGAGGAGGAGGUGCCACUCUGAGCCCAACACCUCCAAGCCAGCCAACAGAGUCAUGUUUUCCUCCAUGACUUCACUGCAGAAAGAGGAGUUUUUUGAGCUGGUGGCCACUGCUCAAGCUCGCCGGCUGGAUGACCAGAGGGCGCAGCUCGAAAAACCACCAAAACCAAAAUCCAGAGGUUUCAGAGGCAGCAUAAAGCAAAUCUCUUUUGUGAGAAGGCCUGCGCCUGCACCAGUCCCCGUGCCCGUGCCCAAAGAGGAUCUGUAUAACAUGAUCCUCACGACACAAGCCCAGGGCAGGCUGGAGGAUCAGCGCAGCAGGGCUCCUGGUCCCAUGGACGAUGAGGACUUCUUCUCCCUGCUCCUGAGGGUCCAGGGGGGACGCAUGGACGAGCAGAGGACUGAACUGCCAUGCCUGCUUCAAACCUGAGAUGGAAAGCAAAAAAACAAACUGUGGGAGCCAUCCAGUAUUGUAGCCUUUUUAGUCUGAUUUCUGUUAAAACAGUUUUGUUGACCCUGAUGAUGCUUUGUUUCAGGGAUUUGUUAUCCCUUUUGAUAGUAUUGGUCAGUGCAAAAGAAACGCUAAUGUUUGAGCAGCAACAGAGCUUUCAAUGUGACUCGAGGGGUGUUCCUGAUGAGAUUGUUAAGUUUACUGCUAGUUAGCUAUUAAUUUCUUCCCUAGUAAAUAGGAUCAGUAGAUAUGCUUUCUUAUCUCGCCUAAGUUUGUAUUUUAUUGAGUGUCUGUGAUGAGUGAUUGAAUGAUUUUGUGUGUGUUCCCAUGUGGAGGAGGCAUUCUUGUUUCUCCUCAUUUGUACAGUAGUCAUUAAACACACCAGGGAUGGUGUCGAGGAGAUAAUAGCUUCAAGGCCACACAGCGCUCGACUGUAUAUGGAUGAUUCUCCUCCAGAAAAUAAACAAGAUUUGUAUCUGA